AUGGAUGGAGGUCCUACCACUUUGCGCGUGAGAGAUGUGGAUGUGCCUGUAAAGCCAACGCCUCCUGGGCCGGAAGAAUGUUGCCAAUCAGGGUGCGUCAAUUGUGUAUACACGCUAUAUGCCGACGAUGUGGACGAGCACAACAAAGCGAUGCAAGACAUCCGGAGUCGCUUACGGGACUAUGACCCGCCCAUCACAGCGGACGAAUGGGACAUCCAGCGAUUAGGGCCUAUGCCUCAUGCGUCGGCAGACGAACUAGAGAACGAGCGUCAUACCCAAGACAGAGAGGCACGGCAAGCGCAACCGGCCGACCCAUCACUCGCGGCAUUCCUUGAGUUAGAGCGUAACUUGAGAAAAAAGUAG